AUGUCAAAAUUAAACCCCAACUCAUUGCAUGUAACAACAAUACAAGGACAAAGAGAAGCAGUUGACACUUUUGAGCGAGCUUUCAUAAACAAAAAUAAGAUGCCCAGUAAGGAAGAUGUGGAGAAGUUAUUCGAAAAUCUACUAUCGGUUAGAGCAUUUCCCGAGAAAGCUAAAUUAAGUUUGCGGAACCAGUCUACUGAGAGAAAAUGGGAUCUCAUUUUAACACAAAGUGAGACGAAUAGCUCUUUUGAUUUGAGUAGAAUAUCCCUUGCUUCCAUGUCCACGGUGUCGUUACAUGAAAAUGUUAAGAGCAUUCCUUCCAAAACCACGGAAACGAUCACAAAAGCUAAAAUAGAUAAACUCCCACCGCUGUUGAAGCCAAAAAAGUCAUCCCUUCAUCUAAAAGAGCAUCAAAACCUACGUGAAACCACUAUAAGUGAAGGCUCCCCCGGAUGGUUUGUCUGGAAACUUUUGAAUAAAGACGUUGAUCUCAAAAAUUUGGUAAAAUUGGAGAAAACCUUGGCUGAAAAUAAGUUACUCGACAAGGAAAAUGUCACAUGGACCCUGAAUUUUCUUUCAAUACAAGGUGAGACCGCAUUAGCGGUGAAUUUGUCACUGAUAAGUAAAAAGGUCAUCAAGUCAGACGAAGAGUACAAUCACGAAUACCUUCUUGUCAAAUGUCUAAAGAAUGCACUAGAAAACCAAGCAUACCUAAGACAAGCUGGCCACGAUAAUGAUGCCCCUAUAAGCAAAUCUGUCAUAAUGUCAUCGUUAAUGGGAGCACUAACAUCGACUAGAAUGAGUACUAGGUUCUUAGUUACAGAAAUUUUGGUUAAUUUGAUGAAAAAUGGUCAUAAAGAGCUACGCGAAAAUAUUGUCAAUCACUUGCGGCACUUGACGUUUAAUAAUAAAAAGCGUUCAAGUUUCAAAGCAUGGCUAGAAGUAUUUGGAAGCUCAUUGCGAUCAGCCAGUUGGGGAAGUAAGAUCAACGAUCAUUCAUACUUGAAAAACUAUAUAACUAUCACAUUAAUUUUGAUUAAUGUUAUAGUGCAUACUGCGGGACCAGCUUAUAAAAGAAUUACAAUCAGAAAAGAGCUUGAAGGGUCUCAUUUACUUUCUGUAUUUGAAACAAUUAAGCAAUUUGAAGAUGAUAGAAUUCACCAUGAACUAGAAAAGUAUGAAAGGAUGGCCAAAGAAGAUGAACAGGAGAAGAGGAUAAGACAUAGCAAGACACUACCGCAACUUCCCAACCCCAACGAAGAUUCUGAUUCAAAGUCAAUACUGGCAAGUUCACCUACUGCCACCACAGAAUUGGACGAGUUGGCCAGGUACGGUCUCUUUGGUUCACAAAAGCGAAACACACAGCUAAGUGAUCCUAAAGAUAGCUUGCAGCCAGCAACACCGGUGUUUGCGUCCCAAAAGAACGAAGAAAGCCCACUUGCACAACAGGUAUAUCUGAAAAUUGCAGCACUAGAGAUUUCACCGAACUCAGAUGUGAUAAUCAAUAAGGUUCUUUCGCUUCUCGAUUACGUACUAGAAAGUGGACCAAAUAUACAUCCCCAAUUGAAUGAUAAAGAGUCAUUUUCUGCUGUGACUUUGGAAAGAUUGAUAGAUUCCUUGGCUUCGGAAUCUAUUGCUCGAAGUGCCAUUGCCGAAACAAAGAGCUUAAAGAGGGAAUUAAAGCGACAAAAGCAGUUGAAUGAGAGUCUUUUGAAGGAUGCUGAGUUACUGGAUAAGACAAAAUUGGCAGCAGAAAAUGAACUACAAUUGCUGGAAAUCAAAUCUCUUGGUCGUCAAAUUAGCUUGCUACAACGUCAGAUAAAACAACUCGAGCAGGAUAGGGCUAAAAACUUCCGAAAUCGAAAUAUCAGCCAUUCUUUUGAAGAUCUUAGUAAUCGUGAGGAGACUGAUGAUGAUAUUGAUGUGAGUGAUCAAAUCAGAUCUUCAUCAGAUUAUAGACUUGAGGGGACUAUCGUGAAAGAUCAUGUGAAGCAACAAUUCAGAAGCGGACCAUCAACACCACCUCUUUUAUAUUCACGACCAUCUCAGGAAGUAGAUGACAGCAUCAACUUAAAAAGCCUUGAGAUUGAUCGCAAUUUAGAGAACCAGCUUGUUGAACAUACUAAUAAAACAGGCGUCAAACUUCAGUCACCAGUUCCGCUACAAUCACAAACUUUAUUGGCACCUCCACCUCCCCCCAUACCGUCAUUUUUGGGAAAUUUCGAGAAAAAUGCCACCUCCAUUGCUGAUACGAGCUCACUGAAUGCUCCACUGGCCCCCCCUCUUCCAUCGUUUUUGCUCAACUCGAAAGCAAAAGACACGCUAUUGGUUUCAUCAGGGGAUGACAAACUAGUGGAGACUGCUACAUCACCACCACUACCUCCUCCUCCUCCUCCAUUACCGCCUUUUGCUUUUGCACAAGCGAAUACGUCUACCUCACUGACAGAAAGUGUCGGUUCAAUUAUACCUUCACCCCCACCGCCACCACCACUUGCAGCAGACCUUUUGCCCAAGCUGAAAACUGUAGCAGUACCCAUUGAUAAAGUAGUUUCCAAAAUCGAUCAAAAUAUUGUCAAUGAGUCAGCCCAAUUUUCAAUUAAGCCUAAAGUGAAAUUGAAGCAAUUGCACUGGAAUAAAAUUAACGAUAUCGAAAAGACUUUUUGGAGUGAAUUUGAGGACUCUUCAAUCUCUGAGAAGCUUGCUGAGGAAGGUGUAUUUGAAGAAAUUGAGAAAAUAUUUGCAGCCUCCCAGCCACUGAAGAAAGCUUCUGGGUCGGAGAAGGGCAAGAAAUUAAAUUCUGAUUCCAAGGCGGCUAAGGUGACUUUCCUUUCUCGAGACUUGGCUCAGCAGUUUGGUAUAAACUUGCAUAUGUUUGCUGGGAUCUCUAAUGAAGCUCUUGUUUUGAAGAUUUUGAGAUGUAGUCCAGAAGUCUUGGAGAAUAUCAGCGUCAUUGAAUUUUUCAACAACGAUGCAUUAGUUGAUGUAAGCGAUAAUUUGGCAAAGAAUCUUUUACCAUAUUCAAGCGAUCCACGCACAGGUAAAAAGCCGCAAAAAGAUCCCAAUGAACUUGACCGUGCAGACAGAUUGUACCUUGAGCUAUGUUUCAAUCUCAAGCAUUAUUGGAGAGCUAGAUCAAAGGCACUAAUUUUUACACAAUCGUAUAACAAAGAAUAUCUUCAUUUAAAGGAGAAAUUAGACUUGGUUGAUCUGGGCAUAUCCUGCGUGAAAGAAUCAGGUGGUUUCAAGAGCGUGUUGAGUAUAUUGAAGAUCAUGGGUAAUUUCAUGAAUGAGCACACAAAACAAGCUCGUGGUUUCAAAUUAGAUUCCUUACAAAGACUCAAGUACAUGAAAAACGAACUGAACUCCAUGAGCUUUCUUCAUUAUAUCGAAAAGAUUAUCAGACAAUCGUUUUCCGAAUACGGGUCCUUUGUCGAUGACUUGGAGUUUUUAACCGAAACUCAAAAUGUGUCAAUCGAACAGUUAGAAGUGGACUGCAAAGCAAUGAAUAAGGAGGUGGAAAUCAUCAACAACUCACUUCAGCAAGGAAAAUUGAGUAGGGAAAAGGACUUGCAUCCAUCUGACCGUAUAAGACAGACUGUUGCUGUCCCAAUGCAAAAUGCAACUAGCAGAAAUGCGCUUGUACAAUCUCGUAUGAAGCGAACUUUAUCAAAUUUCAAAUCGUUGAUGGUGUAUUUUGGUGAAGAUCCAAACGACGCCAAAGCAAAAGACACUUUCUUUCAAAAGAUUACCACUUUUGUAGCUGAAUUUAAAAAGGCGCAUAUUGAUAACAUUCAGCGUGAGGAGGAGCAAAGAGUGUAUGAUGCUAGGAAAAAGAAAAUUGAAGAUGAAUCGGUAAAUAAAACUCCAACUGAAGAGACUGACGAGAAGAAUUUUGUUGACAGUGUUGAAGAAUCAUCUGCUGUUAUUGAUUCGUUGUUGGAAAAGUUAAAAUCCACCUCCGAUCAUGCAAAAAUUAAAAGGGAAAAUCGAAAGAGCAAGUUGCUAAGUGGUGGAUCCGAAACUGAAUCCUUGCCUUCAGAUUUAAACUCUGUCACUGUGGAAAAUGAAUAUGAGAGUGUCAAUAAUCUCAAGCGAAGAUUAACAACAAGGAAAAGUAAACUUGGAUUGGCUUCCACAAAUGAGCAGGGUGUUUCAAGAGCACAGGUCAUGUUGCACCAGUUGAGAACAGCCGAAGAUCUUACAUUAAUUAUACCCAAUGAUGAUGUCAAUAAGGAAAACAUGGUGAAUAUAGAGAAAGAAUAG